CCAGAAUGUACCACACCGGACAAUCAAGAAGGCAGGUGCCUUGACUACAGAAAAUGUAAACCUCUGCAAGAAAUAUGGCAGAUACAGUACCGUACAGCCACCGAUUUUUAUAGACGAUCAGUGUGCAGAUACCAGGGCAAUGUUACGAUCGUUUGCUGUCCGAACGAUCCAAACAAAGAGAAGAGAGAAAUUUUAAUAAAAACUGUGUAUAAGUAUAAGGCUUUGCGACCACCAUACUGUGGUUUUAGCAACGUCUCUCAUACCAGGGUGGUCGAUGGUAAACCAGCUGAACUUGGUACGUUUUAUGUCUUUCUUUCCGAUUAAUAAUAAGCCAUUUACUGCAAAGAAUGAACUUUAAAGGCAUUAAACAGCACAUCAAUGUACAUUUCAAUUAGACUAAAUAAUAAUGCUAUGAUUUUAUCGGUAGUAACUUUACUUAUUAACUUGAAUUAUUUCUUUCUUUUACUUCAUGUUAGGAAGAGUAUCUUUUUGCUUGAAAUAAAAAAUUGAUAUAGGAGUAAUAAUAUGGAUAGAGAUCAAAAACUGUUAGGGCAGAAAUUACACGUUUGAACUUUAUAGUUCAGUAUAGUUCAAAUAGAAAUUAUAUAGAAUUAUUUAAUAAUUUGUAUUCCACUGGAAUAAAAAUUUAAUUUCUGUCUUUAUCAAAUCUCUAUUUCAGAGUAUUUGUACGUAUGUACUUAUCGUCUGCUGUAUGAUCGAAUAUCGAAUAGGCGCUUGGCCAUGGAUCGCUGCAUUAGGUUUUCGUAAUCCCCGAAACCCAGACAAACCACUAUGGAAGUGCGGAGGUUCCCUGAUAUCGGCUAGGCAUGUUUUGACCGCAGCACAUUGUGCACAUAUGGAUGGAAUAGAAAACAUACACAAUCAUAAUAUUGCCAUUCUUAGAUUGGUGGAGGAGGUGCCAUUUUCGAGGUACGUAUAUCCCAUUUGUACGAAAGAGCCCCUACGAAAGAGCAACUUCGUCGGCUAUAACCCCCUUGUUGCUGGAUGGGGAGCAUUAAGAUAUAGACGACCACGACGUAAUGCAUUAAUGGAAGUACAAAUGCCAGUGAUUAAGAACGCCGAAUGCAAAAUAGCUUAUUCCAAAUUUCCCAAUGCACCUGAUAUCACUGAUGGUAUAAUAUGCGCCGAACAUGCUCAGGGUGGAGAGGAUUCUUGUACGGCUGACCGCGGCGGACCACUGCUGAUACAACAUGAAUUAACCUCGUAUUUAAUAGGAAAACAGUGCAGGAUGCUGUGAUUCGUUUCUUGUGGUCGGAGGUUAUGUUUGAUGCCUAUAUUUAUCAAAGAUUUAAUGCACAUUAUGGAGAAAGUGUUUUGUCACGAAGUGUGUUUGAAUGGGCACAAAAGUUCAAAGAAGAUCGCACAAGUGUUAUGAAAAAACAGCUGGACGCCCGUCCACAUCCACGAUGACAACAUUGAACGUGCUCAUGAACUUAUGCUCUAUGGAAUAGACGAGUGACACUGGAUAAUGUGGCAAAUCAUUUGCAAAUCAGCCACGGCUCUGCUUAUGCAAUAGUGCACGACAGAUUUGGAUUUUAAAAAGUUUGUGCGAGAUGGAUGCCGAAAAAGCUGAUGAAAAGGUGAAGACGACGAUGCAUUCGUGGUUCGCAGCUCAGCCCAAAACAUUUUUUAAUGAGAAAAUACAAAGGUCCUUCGGCAAAUGGACAAAGUGUAUACAGAAAUCGAGUGAUUAUGUCAAAAAAUGAUGUAUGUCUUUUUUGACAAUUGCUUAAAAUAAAUUCUACACCGACAGAGCGGCUAACUUUUUACUCACCCUCGCUGUUAAUCUAGAGGCUGGAGUACAAAGAAGUGGCACAAUGAUGUGGGCUGAUGACAUUUAUAAUUAUCAAGGAAUCACCCCUACAUUCGCUCAGAAUUUUAAUGAAACUGUCCCUUGGGAAGGAAGAACUGAUACCUUGAUAUCACGGUUUGUACAUCCUAUAUAUACGACAAAUUUUAGAACAUUAUAUAACGAAGAACCAGAUCGUCGUGGCCAUGUGAUGUGAAUAAAAGGACUUGAAUUUGAUGAUAUUUUUAUAAUGUUAGAUAACAUAACUAAGUAUCUUCACAGUAAGAUAGGAUGACAUGGUUUACAUGAUCUUAAUGUUGUUCACUCGAGUGAUGAUAUUAUAA